UUAGGGCGUGAAGCCUUCUCUGGCCAUCUCCUCUUGCAGCAGGUGGAGAGCGUGGCCACGGGCGGAGGCACCAUGAAGUUUCUAAUGCUCCUUGCCUGCCUGGGUGCAGUUGCUGCUCUUCCCUUUGGUGAUGACGAUGAUGACAAGAUUGUAGGCGGUUAUACCUGCCAGGAGAACUCCGCCCCCUACCAGGUGUCUCUCAAUGCCGGGUACCACUUCUGCGGGGGUUCCCUCAUCAACGAGCAGUGGGUCGUGUCGGCUGCCCACUGCUACCAAUCGGGCCAGAUCCAGGUGAGACUCGGAGAAUACAACAUAGACGUGCUGGAAGGGUCUGAAGAGUUCAUUGAGGCCGAGAAACAAAUUCGCCAUCCCGACUACAGCCCAAGGAAUAUGGACAACGACAUCAUGCUCAUCAAGCUGGCCACCCCGGCCACCUUGAACUCCCGCGUCCGAGCCAUUUCCUUGCCUUCCCAGUGUGUGGCAGCUGGGACUGAGUGCCUCAUCUCGGGGUGGGGCAACACCCUCAGCGACGGAUAUAACUUACCAGAGCUGCUCCAGUGCUUGGAGGCGCCAGUUUUGACGGAUGCCGAGUGCAAGAAUGCCCUUCCUGGGAAAAUCACUCCAAACAUGAUGUGUGUGGGGUACUUAGAGGGCGGCAAAGAUUCCUGCCAGGGGGAUUCUGGUGGACCUGUGGUCUGCAACGGGGAACUGCAAGGCGUCGUGUCCUGGGGAGUAGGGUGUGCCCUGAGCGGCUUCCCUGGGGUGUACACCAAGGUCUGUAACUACGUUGACUGGAUCCAAGAGACAAUUGCUGCCAACUAAAAUAUCUGCUGCCUUCCUGGCUUGCUUGGAUUAAUUGCUGCUUCUUCUCGUCGAAUUCAGAAUUGCUGCAUGAAACAGAACAUGGAAUGACACAAAUAAAGGCAUAUAUGAUGGCA